GACGCCAGCAAGGAGCAGGCAGGCGGUGACGAAUGGCACGGACAAGAGGCCGGGGGCGGCCCACGGUGAACAAGAAGAAGAGGACACGGCUGUCAAAUCCAAGGCGACGUAGGGCUGAGACCGUGUCGGCUCCGCCGCAGCCUGUCGGCCCCCUCCGGACUCGGUCUGGGCCUCGCACUCGCGGCCGACCAAGGCUCAAGCCGAAGCCUUUCUCAAAAACGUCGCCAGGCAUGCCCCGCAUGUCUGCGAUGAGGUCAUCGCGCUGCUUGGCGCAUACCGCGCAGGAGUGGCCGACUGCAAGAGCGUGAUCAACCAGAUGAACGCGUUGAUCGGGUUCGAGUCGCUGCUGAUGGUCGAGUUUAAGGGAUUUCUGGCGCCGGAGGACCGCAGAACACCUUUGCUUCUCAGGCACAUGGAGCGGCUGCGGCUGCAGCUCAACUCGCAGGCCGAGGUGGAUCGCAACCGCAGGCUUGCUGCGCAGUGGAAGGCUGGCCACGGUGGAGGGGUGGAGGGCAAGGGCAAGGAGGAGGCCGAGGCAGCACACAAAGGUGCAGAGUUGGCUGGCGUGACCAGCGGGUACUCGCGGGCCCAGCUGGCUCGGAUCAUGGAUGCGCUGCGGGUGGCUACGCCGACCAAGGCACACGCCAAGACGGUUGACAUUGUGCGCCAGGUUAUGUCGCAGGAGAUGUCGUGUGACGAUGCUGUCGACGCCAUCGAGGACGUGAUAGGCAGUGGCGAGGCGGCUGCCGAGCUCAAGCGGUACCUGACCGGCGCGCUGCGGCCCGAGGAGGACCAAGCAGCGAGCAAGUUUACGGUGCCGAAUGGCCAGCUGGUUGAAGCGAUGCGGCGUGUGCUGCGGCUCGGGCCCGGUCGGGGCGAUAUGAGGCGGACUAUGCCAAUGGCAGCCGGGCUGCUGAUGAUGAGUGUGGUCGCCAACGCGCCUAUUGCUGCCGACUUUGUGGACUCGUUUGAGGAUGUGCUAAGCAAGAGCGAGCUCGCGGAACUGCACAGCCUCUGCAGACAGACUCCGUGGUGCAUGCUCGAAGGUGGACUCGCUGUUGUGCGUGCGCCGAUUGUGGAUGUACCUAGCGCCGACUCUGAGGCGCAGAUGCGGUGGCUGAGGGUGGCGGCGCAGUCGGCAACCGAGGCUAGCAACGUCAUCAGAGUUGACUACAUGCCAUUUCGCGCCGACACGCCGCCAGACGCGUUGACCUCUCUUGCAGGUGCAGCCCUCGCGGCAGCUGGCCACAUUCCGAUGUAUGCACUCCCUGUCGAUGUCGUCGGUGACAACGAGGUGGUGGUGGUGCCCAGUUGCAGCUUCGGGAGGGUACGAGUGGUGACGGUUGUGGCGGCAACCCGGAUGCUCUCAACCUGGGUCCGCGACGUGGUGCCAAUGGAGGCUAUCACGCCGAUCGCAGUGCCGGAGGUUGCCCACGCAAUUCCUGACAGCUAUGUCGUCAACGUCGCGCACUUCUCUAUCGUUGUUGGCAACAGUCGCCUCGAGGACUACCUGCUCGAGAGAUCUGGUCCGGGUUUUAUCUACCUGUACGGCACGACGGCAGUGACGGCCAUUGUCGCGUCGCGGCACGGCAUGCCGUGGCACGACCGCGGACUGUUUGGUGUCCUCGAGGCAGUGCUGGCGGUGCUCGGCCGCAACCCGGAGCGGGCGCCACCAAACAAGCUGAUACUCGAGACUUUGUGCAGCAAGGCGAGCAAGUUUGACAAGGCCGUCUUUGCCCUCGAGUGGGGCCCAAACCAGGACAGCGUCAAGCUGGUGACUCGCUAUCACCCGGCUCCGAUCCAGUAGCGGCCGCUACCAGGAGCGGGACGUCCGACGAUGACGACGACGCCA